AUGAUGCAGGAGUCGACCAGUGAGACAAUAAGCAACAGUUCAAUGAAUCAAAAUGGAAUGAGCAACCUAAGCAACCAAUUAGAUGCUGGCAGUAGAGAUGGAGGAUCGAGCAGUGACACGGGCAGUGAAGUAAGCACAGUCGAGCUUCUGCAUCUCCAACAACAGCAGGCCCUACAAGCAGCAAGACAAUUACUCCUCCAGCAGCCCGGCACUGGCCUGAAAUCUCCAAAGAACAACGACAAACAGCGUCCGCUGCAGGUGCCAGUGUCUGUGGCCAUGAUGAGUCCACAGGUGAUAACUCCCCAGCAAAUGCAGCAGAUCCUCCAGCAGCAAGUCCUGUCCCCUCAGCAGCUCCAGGCUCUUCUACAGCAACAGCAGGCUGUCAUGCUGCAACAGCAACACCUGCAAGAGUUCUAUAAGAAACAGCAGGAGCAGCUCCACCUACAGCUACUACAACAGCAACACCCUAGCAAACAGCAACAGCAGCAGCAGCAGCAACAGCAACAGCAGCAGCAGUUAGCAGCGCAGCAACUCGUGUUUCAGCAGCAGAUCCUGCAGAUGCAGCAGCUGCAGCAGCAGCAGCACCUGCUGAACAUGCAGCGGCAGGGCCUGCUCUCUCUGCCCCCGGGACAGCCUGCCAUCCCCGGACAGACACUGCCACCAGCUGGCCUGAGCCCUGCUGAAUUGCAGCAGCUAUGGAAAGACGUCACAGGCAAUCAUAACAUGGAGGACAACAGCAUUAAACACAGCGGCCUGGACUUGAGCACCACCAAUACAUCCUCCACUACCUCCAACAAUACCUCUAAAGCCUCUCCACCCAUCCCACACCACUCCAUCCCCAACGGACAGACACCCAGCCUCAACAGCAGGAGAGACAGUUCGUUACAUGAAGAGGUUGGAGCAUCUCACUCUCUCUAUGGUCAUGGAGUGUGCAAGUGGCCAGGCUGUGAGAGCAUCUGCAAGGACUUUGGCCAGUUUUUGAAGCACCUUAACAGCGAACACGCGCUGGAUGACAGGAGCACGGCACAGUGUCGCGUUCAGAUGCAGGUGGUACAGCAGCUAGAGAUUCAGCUUUCUAAGGAACGUGAGCGUCUACAAGCGAUGAUGGCCCACUUGCACAUGCGCCCCUCUGAACCCAAGCCAUCUCCUAAACCCCUGAACUUGGUGUCCAGUGUCACCAUGUCUAAGAAUUUGCCCUCCGUGUCACCUCCCAACCUUCCCCAAACGCCUACCACACCCACUGCUCCAGUUACGCCACUCUCCCAGGUGCCCCAGGUGCCCUCCGUCCUCAGCCCUGCCAACAUGCCCAGCAUGGGCGCCAUGCGCAGACGCCACUCUGACAAAUACUCCAUGCCACUGUCCUCAGAGAUCGCCCCAAACUACGAGUUUUAUAAGAACGCUGAUGUCAGACCACCGUUUACUUAUGCAACACUCAUCAGACAGGCUAUCAUGGAUUCGAGUGACAUGCAAUUAACACUGAAUGAAAUCUACAGCUGGUUCACACGCACCUUCGCCUACUUCAGACGCAAUGCCGCCACAUGGAAGAAUGCUGUGCGGCACAACUUGAGUCUACAUAAAUGUUUUGUGCGGGUGGAAAACGUGAAGGGUGCAGUGUGGACAGUGGAUGAGAUGGAGUAUCAGAAACGGCGGUCUCAGAAGAUCACAGGAAGUCCAAACCUGGUGAAGAACCUGCCCUCCAGUUUGGGUUAUGGAGCAGCUCUCAAUGCCAGCCUGCAGGCAGCAUUAGCGGAGACUUCUGUGCCGUUGCUGGGAAACACUAGUUUGAUGAACAGCAGUGCGUCAGGCCUAUUACAGAGCAGCGCUCACGACGACCUGAAUGGAUCCCUCGAACAUCUGGACACCAAUGGACACAGCAGCCCUGGAUACUCCCCACAGACACACAUGCCAUCAAUUCAUGUGAAAGAGGAGCCACUGAAUAUGGACGAUGACGACUGUCCAAUGUCACUGGUUACGACAGCCAACCACAGCCCUGAGGUGGAGGAGGAUCGGGAGCUUGAGGAAGGGAACUUAUCAGAGGACCUGGAGUGA